GUUUGCUCCCUCCCUCGGCUGGCACGGGAUCCUGAGCCCGCCCAGCGCGCCGAGCCUGGGCAAACCGAGCCGAGCCGAGCCGAGUCCCGCUGUUGUGCGCAGCCCGGCACCGCGGCAGCAUGACCGCGCGCGGCCCAGCCCUCGGCCUCCUCCUGCUGCUGCUCUGUCCCGCGCAGGUGUUGGCAUGGUCCUGCGUGUGGUAUGGAGAGUGUGGAAUUGCAUCUGGAGACAAGAGGUACAACUGCCAGUACUCGGGGCCACCAAAACCCUUGCCAAAGGACGGGUAUGACUUAAUGCAGGAGCUCUGCCCAGGACUCUUCUUUGACAACGUCAGUGUGUGCUGUGACGUGCAGCAGCUGCGGACCCUGAAAGACAGCCUGCAGCUGCCCCUGCAGUUUCUGUCCAGAUGUCCAUCCUGUUUUUAUAACCUAAUGAACCUGUUUUGCGAGCUGACGUGUAGCCCCCGGCAAAGUCAGUUUCUGAAUGUUACAGAAACUGAAGAUUAUGUUGAUCCUGUUACAAACCAGACGAAAACAAACGUAAAAGAAUUACAGUACUAUGUCGGAGAGAGUUUUGCCAAUGCCAUGUACAACGCCUGCAGGGACGUGGAGGCCCCCUCCAGUAAUGACAAAGCCCUGGGGCUCCUGUGUGGGAAGGACGCCGAAGCCUGCAAUGCCACCAACUGGAUCGAGUACAUGUUCAAUAAGGACAACGGCCAGGCGCCUUUCACCAUCACACCCAUUUUCUCAGAUCUUCCGGCCCAUGGGAUGGAGCCCAUGAACAAUGCCACCAAGGGCUGUGAUGAGUCUGUGGACGAAGUCACGGGGCCGUGCAGCUGCCAGGACUGCUCGGCCGUGUGUGGCCCCAAGCCCCAGCCGCCGCCCACUCCGGCUCCCUGGAGACUCUUGGGCCUGGACGCCAUGUACGUCGUCAUGUGGACCACCUACAUGGUGUUCUUGCUCGUGUUUUUUGGAGCAUUUUUUGCCGUGUGGUGCUACAGAAAGCACUAUUUUGUCUCCGAGUACACGCCCAUUGAUAGCAACAUCGCUUUCUCUGUAAAUGCUAGUGACAAAGGAAUGGCUUGGCUCUUAACCUCCAUCCUCCCUUCCUCUCCCGCUCUUCCAGGGGAGGCGUCCUGCUGCGACGCACUCGGUGCGGCAUUCGAGGGCUAUCUGAGGCGGCUCUUCUCCCAGUGGGGCUCUUUCUGCAUCCGAAACCCAGACUGCAUCAUCAUCUUCUCCCUGGCCUUCAUUGCCGCCUGUUCGUCAGGCCUGGUGUUUGUCCGGGUCACCACCAACCCAGUGGACCUGUGGUCCGCCCCCGGCAGCCAGGCACGCCUGGAGAAAGAAUACUUUGACACACACUUUGGGCCCUUCUUCCGCACGGAGCAGCUCAUCAUCCAGGCCCCCAACACCAGUGUGCACACUUACCAGCCGUACCCCUCAGGAUCCGAUGUGCCCUUCGGGCCCCCGCUCGACAUAGGGAUCUUGCACCAGGUCCUGGACUUACAAACCACCAUUGAAAACAUCACUGCAUUUUAUAACAACGAGACCGUGACACUUGAAGACAUCUGCGUGGCCCCCCUCUCACCCUAUAACAAGAACUGCACCAUUAUGAGCGUGUUAAAUUACUUCCAGAACAGCCAUUCCAUGCUGGACCACAAAAUAGGCGAUGACUUCUUUGUGUAUGCCGAUUACCACACGCACUUGCUAUACUGUGUACGGGCUCCCGCCUCUCUGAAUGAUACCAGUUUGCUCCAUGAUCCUUGCCUGGGUACGUUUGGUGGGCCAGUGUUCCCGUGGCUUGUGUUAGGAGGCUAUGACGAUCAAAACUACAAUAAUGCCACAGCCCUUGUGAUUACCUUUCCUGUCAAUAAUUACUACAACGAUACAGAGAAGCUCCAGAGGGCCCAGGCCUGGGAGAAAGAGUUUAUUAAUUUUGUGAAAAACUACGAGAAUCCAAAUCUGACCAUUUCUUUCACUACUGAGCGAAGUAUUGAGGAUGAACUGAAUCGUGAGAGUAAUGGUGAUGUCUUCACGGUUCUGAUCAGCUAUGCCGUCAUGUUUCUGUACAUUUCCAUAGCCUUGGGCCACAUCAAAAGCUGUAGCAGGUUUCUAGUGGAUUCUAAAAUCUCCCUUGGCGUCGCCGGGAUCCUCAUUGUGUUGAGUUCAGUGGCGUGCUCACUGGGGAUCUUCAGCUACAUUGGGAUCCCCCUCACCCUCAUUGUGAUCGAAGUCAUCCCAUUCCUGGUGCUGGCUGUUGGGGUGGACAACAUCUUCAUUUUGGUCCAGACCUACCAGCGCGAUGAACGUCUUCAAGGAGAAACUCUGGAUCAACAGCUGGGCAGGGUCCUAGGCGAAGUGGCUCCUAGUAUGCUCCUGUCAUCCUUUUCAGAGGCUGUAGCGUUUUUCUUAGGAGCCUUGUCAAAGAUGCCAGCCGUUCACACUUUCUCCCUGUUUGCCGGGAUGGCCGUCCUCAUUGACUUCCUGCUUCAGAUUACCUGUUUCGUGAGUCUCUUGGGGUUAGACAUUAAGCGUCAAGAGAAAAAUCGCCUGGACAUCCUUUGCUGUGUCAGAGGCUCUGAAGAUGGAACUGGCAUCCAGGCCUCAGAAAGCUGCUUGUUUCGGUUCUUCAGAAACUCCUAUUCUCCUCUUCUACUUAAGGAUUGGAUGCGACCAAUUGUGAUAGCGGUAUUUGUGGGUGUCCUGUCAUUCAGUAUCGCGGUCCUGAACAAAGUGGAAAUUGGAUUGGAUCAGUCUCUUUCAAUGCCCGAUGACUCCUACAUGCUGGAUUACUUCAGGUCCCUCAAAUACCUGCAUGCGGGUCCACCUGUGUACUUCGUCCUGGAGGAAGGGCACGACUACACCUCUCUGAGAGGGCAGAACAUGGUGUGCGGGGGCAUGGGCUGCAAUAACGACUCCCUGGUGCAGCAGAUCUUCACCGCGGCCCAGCUGGACAACUAUACCCGAAUAGGCUUUGCGCCCUCGUCCUGGAUCGAUGAUUAUUUUGAUUGGGUCAAGCCUCAGUCUUCUUGCUGUAGAGUCUACAACAGCACAGAUCGUUUCUGCAACGCUUCAGUGGUUGACCCUGCCUGCAUCCGCUGCAGACCUCUGACCCCGGAGGGCAAACAGAGGCCUCAAGGUGAAGACUUCAUGAGAUUCCUGCCCAUGUUCCUUUCUGAUAACCCAAACCCCAAGUGCGGCAAAGGGGGACAUGCUGCUUACAGUUCAGCCGUUAACAUCCUCGGCAACGACACAGGUGUCGGAGCCACGUACUUCAUGACCUACCACACCGUGCUUCAGACCUCUGCUGACUUCACUGACGCCAUGAGCAAAGCCAUCCUCAUCGCCAGGAACAUCACCACAACCAUGGGCCUCGAAGGAAGUGGUUACCGUGUGUUCCCGUACAGUGUGUUCUAUGUCUUCUACGAACAGUACCUGACCAUUAUUGAUGACACGAUCUUUAACCUCAGCGUGUCCCUGGGAGCCAUCUUCUUGGUGACCUUGGUUCUCCUGGGCUGUGAACUGUGGUCUGCAGUGAUCAUGUGUGUCACCAUCGCCGUGAUCGUGGUCAACAUGUUUGGCGUCAUGUGGCUGUGGGGCAUCAGUCUGAACGCAGUUUCCUUGGUCAACUUGGUUAUGAGCUGUGGCAUUUCCGUGGAGUUCUGCAGCCACCUGACGAGAGCGUUCACAGUGAGCACGAAGGGCGGCCGCGUGGAACGGGCCGAGGAGGCGCUCUCUCACAUGGGCAGUUCUGUGUUCAGUGGAAUCACACUAACAAAAUUUGCAGGGAUUGUGGUGUUGGCGUUUGCCAAAUCUCAGAUCUUCCAGAUAUUUUACUUCAGGAUGUAUCUGGCUAUGGUCUUACUGGGAGCCACCCAUGGCUUGAUAUUCCUCCCUGUCUUACUCAGCUACAUAGGCCCAUCAAUAAAUAAAGCCAAAAGUUCGGCCACUCAAGAGCGAUACAGAGGUACAGAGCGCGAACAGCUCCUCAAUUUCUAGCCUCUCGCGAGGUUUGGGGACUUCAAACUGUGUGUGUGGGUCGGUCGGUUUGCUGCUCGACAGUCGCCGUGUUGUCCGGGCAGAGCCGGACCACAGCGACACCAGGCUCGAACAGCGGCAGCUGCAGCCCUAGUGCUUUCGGAUCCAGGACCGCCAACCUGACGUGUGAAGCAGUAUUACCUAAUCGGAAGGCAGCUCCAGGACGCCCAGGGGUCUUCCACAUUCUCCGGGAACGAGACCUAAUUCGGGCAGGCGGAAGGGGCACGAGCGAAGCUGAGUGGGAUCUGCUCCCUGACCCCUUCUAAAGGCCAAUCAAUGCAAUGUUUUUUGUUUGUUUUUGGAGUAAGCCAUCACACAAGUUCUAUACCAUAUUUUUAGUAACACUUGAGGAUGUUGUAGAUACUUUAACAUUUUGUAGUUUAAAGAGCUUUAUUAAUGCAAUAAAUUAACUUUGUACACAUUUUUAUAUAUAUAAAAAAACUAGCAAGUGAUUUCAGAAUGUUGUAGGCCUCAUUAGAGCUUGGUCUCCAAAAACCUGUUUGAAAAAAGCAACAUGUUCUUCACAGUGUUCUCCUAUAAAGGAAAUAGAUUUCGUCAGAGGUGGCACAAAAAAGAGGAAAACAAGAGAAUGAACACUUUACAGCUCAUAGAUAUGUAUGGUGGGGGUUUUAACAUUUUCCUUCAUAAAAUACUUUGUUUUCCUAA